GCACGCGCCCACGCACGCACGCACACAUACACUCGCGCAUGCAGACCUGUCCAUCUUUCGUCAGCGCGCGCUAUGACGUCAUAGCCGGAGAACGGUGAAUACCCAGGAACGUUCUACUCCGCGGUCACUUUGAGGUGCAGAGCGCACGCAUCUCUUUAUAUCAGUAGCCUAUCGAUAUCUAAACCCAGCGACUGAGUGAGGACUGAAAUCCAGCAUGUGGUACCAGGUAAUCCGAGAGCACCUGGAGGUGAAGUUCAUCAAGGAAAGGCUGUGGCUGGAGGAGCGACUGGAGAGGCUUCAGGACAUCAUGAGGCGCGAGGCGCACAUAAGGAUGGAGCAGUUUAAGAAGCAAUGUAGUAGUAAAGAUCUGGAAAGUAAGCUAGAAAGUGGAGAGAGAAGGGUGGAGGAAGAAAAGGUCACACAGGAGAUGACCGAUAAAAUAAAAGCUUUAGAGACAAAAAUGGAAGAGCUGAUGAGGCAGGAGGAGAUAAAGCAAAGAGUCGGAGCUCUGGAGGCAGCGACGGAGGAGAUGAGUGAGAAGCUCAAACAGGAAGAACUCAGGGAUAAAGUCAGGGUUCUGGAGGCAACAGUAGAGGCAGUAAUGGAGAAAGUUAGACAGCUGGAGAAACAAAAAGAGGAAUGCCAGGCUCUGUUGAAGGAACACAAAGAAACGGAGGUGGAGAGACAGAGAGCGGAGGUAGAAAGAAAAGAAAUAGAGCAAGAGAAAGAAAGGCUGACAGAACAGGAAAGGAGUCUCCUCAUGGAAGUGGCCCAGCACUGGAAGAAAACUGCUUUAGAGCAGCUCGAGGAGAUGAGAUGGUAUCGAGAAAAAUAUCAGACAGAAAUAGAGCUGUUGACUGAGAUGGAGAGAAAAGCAUUAAUGUCUAAAAAGGACAACAGCUUUAUGAAAGAGCGAGUGAGGAUUGAGGAGGAGAGAAGGAAAGCAUCCAGUGACAUUGAAGAGAUGAAAGAGAGACGAGAGAAGAUGCUGGAGGCCGAGAGAAAGAUUGUAGUGGAGAGGUCGAAAAAGAUGGACCAGGAUUGGAUUAAAACUCGGAUUGAGAUGCUAAAUAUAGAGGCCGAAAAAGAGGUAACUGAGAAAGAAAUGGAGAGAGAGAGAGCAAAGCAGGUGUACAAGGAGAGGCAGUUUAGAAACGAGGUACACAGGCAGAAGAUAGAAUUGGAGAGACAGGAGAAGAAGAAAAUGAAGAUUAUGGACAAGGAGUGGAGGAAAAUUGAGGAGGAAAAGGAAGAGAUCGAGGGUAGCUGGAUGGAGGUACAGGAGACGGGUAUAGGGAAGAAAAAGGAGAAGAAGAAGGACAAGAAGAGGGAGGAGAUAGAGGUAGUCAACAGACUGACCGAGAUAGAAAUAGAAAGAACUGAGGAGAAAAAGAAAAGAAUGGAGGAAAGGAGAUUGCGGAGAGAGCAGAGGGCAGAGAGAGAGAGGCAGGCGGCUGAAAUGAAGGAGAGAGAGAGGCAGGAAGCUGAAAUGAAGGAAAGAGAAAGACAGGCCGCAGAAAUGAAGGAGAGAGAGAGACAGGCAGCUGAAAUGAAGGAGAGAGAGAGGCAGAGACAGGCAGCUGAAAUGAAGGAGAAAGAGAGACAGGCCGCAGAAAGGAAGGAGAGAGAGAGACAGGCAGCUGAAAUGAAGGAAAGAGAGAGGCAGGCAGCUGAAAUGAAGGAAAGAGAGAGGCAGGCAGCUGAAAAGAAGGAGAAAGAGAGACAGGCAGCUGAAAUGAAGGCGAGGGAGAAGAAGAAGCCGAAGAAGGUGAGGUUCAGCGAUCCUCUAGAGAUUGGUCCAACCAGGCUGAAACCACAGCUCAGAGAGGAGUGUAAAAGCAGCCAAUCCACCACAGCUGAUCAAACAUCAGAGCUGAAGACACUCAAAGACUCAGAGGAAUCAAAGCUGCCUGCUCUGAAGAUUUUUACCAGUAGCAGGAAAACCAAGCUGCUGGAUUCGCACGAGCAGUUUGAUAAAGAAAUGCAUGAGCUGCUGAACAGCUGUGAGUAAGAAGACCAACAGAUCUCCUUCAGAAACAUCAGCCAGAAAAAUAAGACCAGCGACAACAAAGAGGAGAUCACACCCCUUUUCUUUUCUGGAGUUUCCAAGAACUUCACUCCAAAAAUCAGGAUUUUUUUCAGGAUUCUCCCCUCUCCCUUCUCGGGCCCUGAGUAAUCAGGUCUAAUUUCCCCUCCACUACCACGCCCAUGGGAGUAAUAGCAAAGCAGCACACUGCUGCCACCCCCUCAGAAUUAAUGUGCUGCCUGCAAAAAUCAUACUGUAAUUUAUAUGUACUUUAUAUUUAAUUAAAUAAACACUUUUUAUAUU